CUUGUCGCCACGAAUUUGACUUUGCUCGGAAUUUAUGUUGAAGGCGGGUUUCUCUUCAUGCUCUAACUCCUUGGACCCCUAUCUCUAAAGCUUCAGGACGUCUCAUUCAUUAGUCUGCUGUCCCUCCGGUGUUAACGGAUUUAGUGUCUGACACAGUUAUUCUUCUACCUCUCAUGGGGUCAAUGCUCGCCACUCUCUUCGAGCUUCAGCACUCCAAAGUCAUAAAUCAACAUGAAACUCAUUCUUACGGGGUGUACUGGCUUUAUAGGAGGCGAAAUCUUGUCACAAUGUCUUCGAAAUCCUGCCAUCACCUCUGUGGCGGCACUUUCUCGACGAAACCUACCCGAAGCACUUACCAAAGAUCCAAAGUUGAAUGUUGUCAUCAUGAAAGACUUCAACUCCUACCCUGACUCUAUUCUCACGGAGCUAAGUGGAGCAGAUGCCUGCAUUUGGUGUAUGGGAACCACAGCAGGAGAUAAAGCUCUUGAAGUGGAUUAUCCUCUGGCUUUUGGCAAUGCAUUGUCGAAGACCUUGCCAGAAAGCAAGAAGAAGUUCCGUUACGUCCAUCUUAGUGGAGCUGCAACGGAAAGAGAUCAGGAUAAACCAUUGUGGUUCAAGUCAGAAAUGAGGAAGAUUAAAGAAACGCUGAUCGUGAAGGCUAGUUUUGUCAUUCAGAAAGAACUCAAAAACCCACGCGAUUUCAUGGGGUGGAUGCUUGGGGCUAAAGCUUGCAUUCGUGUUGACGAGUUGGCGGCUACGAUGAUUGAUGCUGCGUUGAAUGGAUGGAAGGAGAACACUCUCCAGGACAACGCUGCAAUGGCCGCUAAGGGCAGAGAGAUACUUGGAAAAUGA